GACGUAAUUUCACUCAGGCAUCAUUUAGACCUACUAAUGUGGGGUCCUCGAGGCUACGUAGGGUUUUUGUAGUCAACUCAGGAAGCAGAAGGAGCUCUGACUUUAUCUGCACACCUUCUGACAGGAUGGCGUCCAUGUUGAUGAAUUCUCUGCGGAUCUUCCCUGUGAACUCCUCCAGGGCUUUUCACUUCACUGCACGAUCUCUCGGCACAUCCGGUUCUCUACAGGCACAAGCUAAAAGUAAGAAGACUUUGGCCAAGCCUGGGGUGAAGAACAUCGUCCUGGUCGAUGGAGUCCGUACACCGUUCCUGCAGUCUGGCACCACAUAUUCUGAUCUGAUGCCUCACGAUCUGGCCAGAGGAGCUUUACAAGGUUUGCUGAACAGAACUAGCAUCCCUAAAGAUGCAGUGGAUUACAUUGUCUAUGGAACCGUCAUACAGGAAGUGAAGACCAGCAACGUGGCCCGAGAGGCUGCUCUGGGUGCCGGGUUCUCCGACAAGAUUCCUGCUCACACUGUUACUAUGGCCUGCAUCUCCUCCAACCAAGCCAUGACUACAGCUGUAGGUCUGAUUGCUGCUGGUCAGUGUGAUACCGUGGUGGCCGGUGGAGUGGAGUUCAUGUCUGAUGUCCCGAUCCGUCACAGCCGCAGGAUGAGGAAGACCAUGCUCUCUCUGAACAAGGCUAAGACUCUUGGUGCACGACUGUCUCUGCUCAGCUCCAUCAGACUCGCUCACCUCACACCCGAGCUCCCAGCAGUAGCAGAGUUCUCCACAGCAGAGACGAUGGGUCACUCAGCAGAUCGCUUGGCCGCAGCGUUUGCCGUGUCUCGGCUCGAGCAGGACGAGUUUGCUUUGCGCUCUCACUCUCUCGCCAAGAAAGCUCAGGAUGAGGGGCUGUUGAGUGACAUCAUCAGCUUCAAUGUGCCAGGGAAGGACAUCAUCUCUAAGGACAACGGUAUUCGUCCCAGCAGCAUGGAGCAGUUGAGCAAACUGAAGCCCGCCUUCAUCAAACCACACGGCACCGUCACUGCAGCUAACUCCUCCUACCUGACUGACGGUGCCUCUGCUGUGCUCAUCAUGUCUGAAGAGAAAGCGCUCGCGAUGGGUUACAAACCCAAAGCCUAUCUCAGAGACUUUGUGUUCGUGUCUCAGGACCCUAAAGACCAGCUCCUGCUCGGCCCCACCUACGCCACGCCGAAGGUCCUGGAGAAAAGCGGCCUGACGCUGGCCGACAUCGACGUGUUCGAGUUCCAUGAGGCUUUCGCUGGUCAGAUUUUGGCGAACAUGAAGGCGAUGGAUUCAGACUGGUUUGCUCAGACCUACAUGGGCAGGAAAACAAAGGUGGGUUCACCUCCCAUGGAGAAGUUUAACCUGUGGGGCGGCUCGCUCUCCAUCGGACACCCUUUCGGAGCCACCGGCUGUCGCCUGGUUACCACGGUAGCACACCGGCUCAAGAAGGAGGGGGGGCAGUAUGGCCUGGUGGCAGCAUGUGCUGCAGGGGGACAGGGACACGCCAUGGUUAUUGAGGCGUAUCCACAGUAGAACAGUAGUAGUACAGACUGCUGCAGCACACACACACACACACACACACACACUAGUACAGAAUGAAUGGCAAAUUGUGUAAAUAAUAGAUAAAUAAAUGUGUACCACAAGGCCUUGAAAGAAAAAAGAAGGAAAGAAAUGAAAGCACUUGUGAAGGUUACAGAUGUGUAACGCAGCUGAGGAAAAUCUUAACACGCUAAGAACACGUGUUUAUUGUAAAGUAACAUGUUUCUACACUUACACUGUUAGAAGCAGAGUGAUCCUGUAGGUAGUUCCUAUUUAAGCUUCACAGUUCUGCUGUUCAUGAACAUGAUCUGACGUUACACUCCUCCAGAAGCUCAUCUGUGCAUGGAUAACGUUUCCAUUGUGUCUUUUUUGUAAUGAUAUUGUCAAAUAAAUAAUCUAAAUAAGUACCA